AUGUGCAACCCCGACCAGAAUGCAGGCGAUUGGAUCACCCAGUAUGACAUUGUGGAGCAAGGGACCAGCUUAGAAUUAAAAGACACGGACAUGAUUGGCAGAUGCAAGUCCGAGUGCCGAACAAUAGCAAGGGCUUGCGAGCUCAUUACUGAGGAUAUUGAUUUGACGGAUUUGAGCGCUAUGCUCUACAAGGGCAAAAAGCGUGCAGCUAUCACGAACUGGCUAUGCUACGACGCCACAGAUGCAUGCAGCAGGAAGCCGCCGCCCUUUUCAGCGGGUCAGCGUGUGGAUGAGGUCCAUGAACCGUUGGAUGAAGACGAGGUUCGGAACACGCGGAUGAUGAGGGACAUGGAGGCUAUGGGCCUGUCGGGCAGUUUAUACAACACAGACACGUUGAGUGAGGAGCUUGAGGAGAUGCAGGAUGUGUACGGGGACGACCCGGACUUUGCGCAAGCACUCAAAG